AGCGAAAAUGAUGGACUAUGAAGUGACUGUAUACACUGGGGAUUUCCUCAGUGCCCAUACUUUCAACGAUGUCUACAUCAAUCUGGUGGGCACAGAUGGAAGGACCAAACGCAGUUUGCUCAAUGGAUUUACAUCCUUCAUCGGAAUAAAGCCUCAUUGUACCGUGUCCUGCCCAACAUCCCUUGGAAAGCUGGUCCUGAUAGAGCUCCAAAAAGAGUGUCAAUCAUUUUUCCUUAAUAAAGCCUGGUUCCCUGCCAAGGUGGAAGUGAAAUCCCCUGAAGAAAAGACCUACAUCUUUCCCAUCUACGAGUGGAUCACUGACAGUGAGGUGCACCGCUUCAGAGAGGGAACAGCUCUGACAGACAGGGAAGACACCAGUUCUCCUGGCAGGUCCAGUCGGGAGCAGGAGCUGAAGCAGCGAGAUCAAGAAUAUUGCUGGUAUGUGUAUGUAGAGGGACUACCUCACUGCAUAAAGGAAAAAAAACCUUUUCUUCUGCCCUGGGAGGUCCAGUUCUCCUUCACCAAGGAUAAAGAUUUCAUCUACAAUGCAAUCACAGGGCUGUUUGGGCUGAAACUGGAGAAAUGGGUUCAUUGGAUUCGGAACUGGACUAGUUUUGACGACAUCCGUCACAUCGACUUUAAACAGACCAACAUAUCAAAAUAUGUCCAAGAAUACUGGAGGGAUGAUGCUUUUUUUGGCUACCAGUUUCUGAAUGGCAUCAACCCCAUGAUGAUCCAACGUUGUACAACUCUGCCCGAUAACUUUCCUGUCACUGAUGACAUGGUCUUCCUCAGUGGUCAGGGUACACUGGAUGAUGAAAUGAAGAGAGGCAACAUCUUCCUGUGUGACUACAAGUGUUUGGAUGGAUUGAAAGGAAACAUCAUCCAUGGGAAGCAGCAGUACGUGGAGGCUCCGCUGGUCCUUUUGCACAAGAGACCUGAUAAUGAGCUGAUGCCAAUUGCUAUUCAGCUGAAGCAGACUGCAGGAGAGGACAAUCCCAUCUUUACUCCUGCUGAUUCUGAGUACGACUGGUUGACGGCCAAGAUUUUUGUGAGAAGUGCAGAUUUCAACGAGCAUGAGCUCAGCUCUCACCUGCUGCGCACUCAUCUGCUGGCCGAGGUUUUUGCCGUGUCACUGCUGCGCAACGUGCCCUCGGUGCAUCCACUGUACAAGCUACUCAUUCCUCACAUUCGCUACACUCUGCAGAUAAACAUCUUGGCUCGUGGUCAUCUAAUAUCUGAGCAUGGAAUUUUCAACGAGAUUGGAGCUUUAACUGCAGAGGAUUUGACCACAAUCCUGAAGAGAGCGAUGUCCUCGGUGACCUACAGCUCACUCUGUAUACCAGACGACAUCAAGGAGCGUGGGCUGGAGACUGUGCCCAACUUCUACUACAGGGAGGAUGGACUCCAGCUUUGGGAAAUCAUCCACAGGUUUGUGCAUGGAGUGCUCAGCUACUACUACAAGAAUGACGACGUAGAGAAAGACUCUGAGCUGCAGAAGUGGAUUCAGGACAUUUUUAAACAUGGAUUCCUUUCAAAAGCAGAGACAGGGAUUCCACAGAGAUUUACCACCGUGGCUGAGUUGGUCAAGUUUGUCACCAUGGUGAUCUUCACUGGCUCAGCACAGCACGCUGCCGUGAAUUCUGGACAGUAUGACUAUGAUAGCUGGAUGCCCAACACUCCCACCUCUCUGCAAUGUCCUCCACCAACCAAAAAGGGGACAACAAGCGAGGACACAAUGCUGCAGACAUUCCCUGAUGUCAACGCAACUAUUAAGGGAAUAGCCACCGUGUGGCUCCUCAGCAAGCAGUCUACUGACUUUGUUCCUCUUGGCCACUACCCGGAGAACCGGUUCAUUGAGGAGACUCCCUGCCUGCAGAUAAAGAAAUUCCAAGGAGAGCUUGGCAAGUUAAGUGUAAACAUCCAAAAUAGGAACAACAGUCUGAAAGUGCCAUACACAUACCUGGAUCCAUCAAGCGUAGAAAAUAGUGUGGCCCUUUGAGUAUCAGAAGGAGGGACCUUCUCAGCUGGGAGGAACUGCAUGCUCUGAUACUAACUGAUAAUACAGUACUAUUAAACUACUGCAUGUGAUCAUUGUACACUGAUCUGAUUUUUAAACAGCCUACUUGGUGAAAAUAUACUGCUCUAAAUCACAAACCACAUUUUAAUCUUAUUCUUGUCAAUGAAUACACAGGGCAUUUAAUCAAAUCAAAUUACUGUGGGAAAAAUAUUAUUUUGCAUUGUGAUUGUAACACUUUAGAAGUAAACUUACUGUCAUAAUGAAGUAUAAAUGAGUGUAGAGACCUAUGUUUAAAUUUACUGUAGGCUGUGUAAUGUGUAAUCUCUGAGUAAACUGUGCGUCUGUUUCAUCUCGUGACAGAACAUAGGAUGAUUCAUUCAGUAGAAGAAGGGCGGUUCUGUCACCAGUGAAAGAGAUGUUGUUUCCUGUUCCUGUGAGGGAUUUUUUUCUGUCAAUCACCUGCCUGUCGUUAGACUUGUUUUCCUCUCAUGCUGCAUGUAAUAAAGAACUAAUUCUUAACAUCAA